CUUACACAAUUAGUAAAACAAUAUAUUUUUAUACUCUCUAUUGUAUUUUCGUAGACAAUAAAUUAAUAUAUUUCUAUUGUACUUUGAUGACUUUAUCUACAUCAAUAUUUGAUCAGAAAUAAUUAAUAAUAUAUUAUCUAUAAAUUAUCUAUCUAAUAAUAUCUAUCUAAGUAAAACAACCUAAAUCUAACAAGGUGCAAGGAAUUAACAAAAAACAUAGUUAAACAUAUAUCAGAAUUUAGAGAAACUUGAGUAUAAAUUUAUAAUUUUACCGUUUCAUUCAAUUUGAAGAUUAAUAUGUUAAAAUUAUCAGUAAUUCAUAAAGUUCAACGAACCGAGAUAAUUAACAAUCACCGUGAACCACGUGAUCAUUUACACGCUGCGUGUACCUAACCUCAAAUUAGUUCUGCGCGUUAUGCGAGUUUUGGGUAAAUGUAAAUUAUACAGUUUAAGUUGCAAAAAGAGAGAUUCGAUGUGUUCGAUAAACGAUUGCACGUUCGAUGAUAAUGACGGUGAAAUACCUAAAAACAAAGAAAAAAAUUUACUGACAGAUACAACGCUAUGUAGAAAAUGCAAAUGUGAAAAUGCCGACAUUUUGCUGGUUGGUCAAAGCGGUUAUUGCAAGAGUUGCUUUCUAAAUGUCACAAACCACAAGUUUAGAGCUGCACUUGGCAAAUCUAAGAUUAUUCGCCCAGGUGAUCUGAUACUAGUUGAUCACACUGGGGAAUUAAAUUCCACCGUGCUCUUACACCUCAUUAAAGCUGGGAUGAGCGAAUCCACUCACAAAAAACUCAUCUUCAAGACAGUAGUUUUGUACAUAGAUGAUUGCACUGUAGGCAAAAUGAGUAAGGAGAGGGACAUGCUACGACAGAAAAUUGCCAGAGAAACAAAGGCCUCUGGAUUCAAUGGGUAUGCUGUGUCAAUGAGCCAAGUUUUAAACGAAGAGGAGGCCACUUUGGACGUAAAACCAAUAGAUCAAGAAAUAAAUAAUAACGAGAGUGACGAUCGGCUACGUGUAAUGUUGGCUAGUUUAGCCGACGAUACCUCGAGAACGGAUUUUCUCAGUCAGUUACGUCGAAGGCUGCUCUUGUCGGCGGCUCGAAAACUCAAUUGCAAUAAGAUAUUUUUGGCCGAUUCUUCCGUGGAUGUCGCCACAAAAGUGCUCGGGGAUGUGUGCUUGGGACGAGGCGCGCAACUUUCCGUGCGGGCGAACUUCUGCGACGCUCGGUACGCCGACAUCACGAUACUGAAACCAAUGAGAGAUUUCAUGCAGCAGGAACUGAUAUACUAUUCGGAGUACCAUAAGAUAAAUUCAGCAAAAUCAAUAGAAUCCUCUGGUAAACCGGCAACUUCCAUACAGGCGUUAGCGCGUAAUUUUACCCUGGGACUGGAGUCUCAGUUCUCUGGCACAGUGUCCACUAUAUUUCGUACAGCCGAUAAAAUAAGCCCGAAAUGCGACGUACAACAAAAUAUGGAAGAUAAUUGCGUGCUUUGUGAUUUUGUAAGAACAAAUCCCUCUGGUAGUCAGGUAACUGCGAUGAGGGCGAUUGAGAUUUCCAAACUGAUGUCUUCAAAAUGCGUUGUUGCAGAUUCUCCUAGUAACAAACAGAACGGAAAAUUAAAUUGCCUUGAUUUAGAUUCAGACAACAAUGAAGAACGCUGUAACAAAAAUGCCGAGUGUAGUUGUAAGAAUAAUAGACAGGGACAAGUAACUGCGGAAGAUGUUUUGAAGCAUCUCUGUUAUAGCUGUACACGGAUAUUUCAAAAUUCAGAAAUUUUAUGUACCUUACCAUCGCCGUUGUUGUCCGCCGUUCAACGAAGAAUAGCCUUAAAGAACAUGAGAGACAAAAUCAGUGACUUCUUGUUAUAAAUAAUCAAAAUUUUUAUUAAUGGAUUUAGCGUACAAGAUAACAAAACAUGAGGUGUUUAUACAAUAUGAAGAAAAUGUACUGAGAGAUUUUAAUGUAAAUACAAGAAUUAUUAAUAUAUUAAUAUAUUACAAAUAGU